UUUCUUCUGCCGUUGGUUGAGUAUUGCUCGCUUCUGAUUGGUUUCUGGGAAGAAUCGCUGCCUUCCUUCCUGGUUGAUGUCAGUAUUAUGGGUUUUUUUUCAGUGCGUUUGGUUGACUAUUUUUCCUAACUGCUGCAAGCACGCCUACUUUUCUUGACCUCAACGACAGUCAGGUUUUGCUUAUUAUAGUUUCUUUCGGCUCAUUCUUUGUUUACCUGUGAUAAAUACAUUUAAAAAAACAAUCAAAGAUGAUGUGGGUAUUGCGGCACAGUAUUGCGAUACCAUAGGACAUCUUCUUUGAACCAUUUCCUGGUCCGAAGGGACCAGAGCACUGUUUACCUUGACGCACUGGUUUGUCUAACAAGCAUUUUUAGUUAAAAAUGGAAACACAAUUCGCAACAACAGUCGCUGCGCUGGACGACAAGUCAGAUUCUUACAAGGAAAACCUUAUUGGGACGUUGCUGGCUAUAUUUGGGAAUCUUUUCAUCAGCAUUUCACUCAGUGUGCAGAAAUACAGCCACGUGCGUCUGGCUGGCUUGAAGGACACACGGACCUAUUACUGGACAAAAACCUGGUGGUUCGGGCUGCUGCUGACGAUAGUGGGGGAGCUGGGAGUCUUCACCUCGUACGCCUUUGCUCCCCUGUCACUGGUAACACCCCUGAGUGCAGUCUCUGUGAUAGCAAGUUCAAUAUUAGGAUUCAUCUUUCUAAGGGAUAAAUGGAAACCAAAAGAUUUUUUAAGGCGAUAUGUUUUAUCCUUUAUAGGCUGUGCCUUGACCGUUGUCGGUACCUACAUGUUUGUCACGUUUGGGCCCAAUACUCACGAACGACUGACUGCAGACAAUAUAGUUAAACAUCUCAUAGGUUGGCCUUUCCUCUUGUAUUUGCUCCUGGAGAUCAUUGCUUUCUGUUUGCUGCUGUAUUUUUACAAGAGAAAGAAUGCAAAGUACCUUGUAGUUAUCCUCAUUUUGGUAGCACUGUUGGGUUCUAUGACUGUUAUUACAGUCAAAGCUGUAUCUGGUAUGCUGGUCCUCUCCAUAACAGGAAGCCUGCAGCUUAACUACCCCAUCUUCUACAUCAUGUUUGUGUGCAUGGUAGCAACUGCUGUCUUCCAGGCAUCAUUGUUGACUGAUGCCUCGCAACUCUAUGAUUCUUCCCAGAUUGCCAGCAUUAAUUAUAUUAUUUCUACGUUGUUUGCUAUCACAGCAGGAGCAGUAUUUUAUUUGGAAUUUAACCAUGCUGAUGUUCUACACCUAUGCAUGUUUUUUUUGGGAUGCUUGAUUGCCUUUUUAGGAGUCUUCUUGAUUACCAGAAAUCGUAAAAAAUCGAAAGCUUUUGAACCGUAUGUAACGAUGGAUGCUGUGGCAGCUCUUCCAAACAUGCAUGACAAAGGGAGGAUGAUUCAGCCGGAUUACAAUGGGUCUUUUUCUUAUGGGGCACUGGUGAGCAGCGAUUCCACGCCAGAGAAUUAUACUCCUGCCACGCUGGCUAUAGUACAGGAGCAACACAACUCCAAAGCUGCAUCUACAAUGCCUUACUGGGCAUCCGAUCUUAAAAAGGACUAGAGAUCCGAAGGAAGCGUGUUCUAUUACCGAAUGGUUUUAUUUGAAUGACGUUGUUGUUUAAAUUAUUUAUUUGUACAUUUAAGCUUUGAUGUACUAAAGACUGAAAUACCUUUUUAAAAGCAGACCAGGACAACUUGCCUUACCGAAAUAAUUUAGUUUGUCAACUGCAGUUGUUGGCCAACCAUUUGCCUGUAGCUGUGUUACUGUGCUCAUACUACUGCAAGAUUUUUCAUCCUUGGCUCACCUCGAUAGUCCCUGAUGUAUUCAUACCCCCGAUGGUGUUGAUAGUACUUGCCAGUUUUAAUUGUCAAGUUACUGACUGCAACUAAAUGAAGUUUAGAGUACAAGGAAAAUGCCUUCUACUCAUUGCUACAGCCCACGUGUGAAAAGCAGAAAUACCUCCGCCCUGCUUCAAAAAGAAACAACAGGAAGUUUCGUUCAGUAUUUUGUAUAGUGAGCCUCACUACUAUACUGCAUCUGGAGAUCUUAACCGUGAUGGAGAACAUUUGGGGUUAGGGCCUGAAGGCAAAGGAUCUUGGUCUGAAAUGCGGUUUGAGAAGGCAUUCGACUGUAAAUGCAAGGGAAUUAUAUGUUUUAAAGUAAUUUUAUUUAAAAUGUUUAAAUGUACUCGAGGUAAUUUAUUUAAGGUGUUGUUAUCAUACUAUCUUCUGCUUUCCUGUUGAUGGAAUGCACCUUAUAAAACAAGGUGUCAGGUGAGGUGGGGUGCGUUCUCCUGCGUUAAUAUUUUCAUUCUAUUAAAUUACAAAUUCAAUCUAUUCUACUGCCUGGUGUACUGGAAAACCCUAGCAUUGUGGGCAGGGUAUUAAUGUGUAUGCUACUUAUUUUAAAAUGCCUUCAAAUCGAUAGUUCUUUUAAGCCAGCACAAAAUGUUUAAAUAUUUACUCUUAUUUAACCUUGUUAUAGAGCCUUAUUGGAAAUGUAAUUUUGUACCAGGAGUUUUAUUGAUCGGACCUUUUGCUUUCCUUGGCUAAAGCUUUGAGUCUGUCUUCCUUUGGUACAAAUCCGGGCUGAACAUCACAGUAGUUUGAUUUCAGUAUUAUGUGUGGAUACUUUGGCUGGAGUUCAGUUCACUGGUUUAUUUAUUAACAACACUUUGGAAAGCAUUACCUGUUAUGUUUGUCUACAUACGUCAUUGUUACUCCUGCUGGGCAAUAAAAAGAAAAAAGCUGUAUUUGUCUUCCAAACACUGUCUCCUUUUAGAGUAAAUAUAUCCGACAGUUGUUGAUGAGGAAUUGAGAUCACAGAAACCCGAUAGUCUGGGCAAACCAACCGCAGACACUGAAUCUGUAAUUAUUAUCCAUUCAAAUUCAGUCAGAACUAGAAAAAUCUGCACCUGUGGCACAAUAAUGAUCGUCAGCUGAGGUAUUAAUUAUAAUGCAUUGGACUUAAUACCCAUUUUAAUAAGUGUGUACAUUUAGAACAGUGUUAGAAGCAUAUUUCCAUUAUUGUACUGUGAAGCAGCCAUGACAUUUUCCAGUCAGUAUAGCAAUUGACAGGUAACUAAGCUCCAUUGAUUCAAAUAAUGUUAACUGUUUCACAUUUCGUUCAUUGUCUUUGGUGUUCACGUUAACCAUUCUACCAAUGAUCUGAAACGAAAUCAAAGUGAUAGCACUGUUAUUGUGGUUGGAAUGUAGUUUUUUAAAUGAUUACUUUGUGUGCUGGAAUAAUUGCAGACUUCUGCUGCAAUAAGCAGUUUCUAUUACCACUCAAAUGAAAAGUUAUUUAUUGCUGGUUUCUGUAUAUAAAGGAAUGUGAUACAAACUGCUUUAAUGUGUGUGCCAGCACUUGCUAUUAUGCUGAGAUUUAAAUACACAUGUAUAGAGCGCAAAUUCCUCAUUAACCUUUCUUCCACUUCCAUUAAAAUAAGUUUGCGUGGUUGUCUCCAUACUGUCAAUUGUACAGUAUGUGGCUGAGUGCAAUGGAAGGGAAUACAGCAAUAGAUCUGCAUAAAUAAAAAAACAAGACAGGUUAGAUCUGUGACCAAACAAAUCUAAAGUAAGGGUGGCCAUGUAUCUCAAUAUGGACUGUGAAUAUAUAGUAUUUAUUAUAUGGCUGCAAGCAAAAGUCUGCCAUGCAGCUAACACUUUAGGAUCUGAUUUUUGUGCUACUGUUCACUACUGUAAUGAAUGACAAAUGAACUGCUAACUGCCUUAUCGAAACUCGUCUGUGUGUUUUGUCUGAACAAUCUCUCAUGUUUUAUCGUUGUUUUUUGUGCAAAUGUGCAUUUUUAACUUUUUUUUUUAAAUAAAUAUGGAAGCAGGCAAAUAAAAUUAGCAUUUUGUUAUCUGAUUCUUUUAUCUUUAUCCGAGUUGACUUUCUGUUUCGUUCUUUUAAUCCGCGGUUGUGUGUUUACUUUGCUUCGCUGGAGUUGUUCCUCCCAUAUCAUGCUUUGGUCGAAUUGCAGUUAGGCAGUUCAAAGGCGGCAAGCCAGUCUGAGACCAUUCUAAGGAUAGAUGUGGACAUUGUCACCAUGGUAGGACCCAGUCAUCUUGUUUACUGUACAUGCCCAGGCAUGAAUAAGCUGUAAAAGCUGCAAGGGUUAGCUCAACUUAAUACUGAUGUUUUUGACAACGCUGUGUAACACUGUACCUACAAAUACCACAAUGGUUCUAUGUGGUAUUUCUUACUGUUGUCUUACUUAUCCACAUGAGGCAGUGUUGCAGGGGGGACAGGUUAAUGGUUACACUCUGGUGUACCAGCUGUACUUGGAGAGAAUGUAUGUGGCGAGCCUGUUUGAGGUCACACUGGUGCUUUUCAUUUAUUUUUAAGUUUUAAAAAAUCAC